AUGGAAGGGUAUCUUAAGCUUCUCUUGUUCAUUAAAAUUCCUACAAUUUUAUUUUUGUUUUGUAUAUGCCAAUAUAACAAAGAUGAUAGCUCUUUUAUUAAGCUAACUGAUAUUGAAGAAAAGGUAGAUAAACCAUUAAGCUCAAGAACAAUUCGAUUAUUAUCUAAGGAUGAUGAAAUAAAUAAAUCAAAACACGAUCAUCUAAAUGGAACAACAACAAAGCGAACGAAGACAACGGUCUUAAAAAAUCUAACAAUUCCAGAUGAUGUGAAAAAUAGUAUGAGUCAAGUGAAAACAACUGUCUUAAAAAAUAUAACAAUUCCCGAUGACGUAAAAAAUAGUGUAAGUCAAAUGAGGACAACUGUCUUAAAAAAUAUACCAAUUCCUGAUGACAUGAAAAAUAGCAUGAAUCAAAUGAAAACAACCGCCACAAAAUACAUGACAAUUGCUGAUGAUAUAACAAAAACUAAUAUAAGGCAAAUGAAGACAACCGCCACAAAAUACAUGACAAAAACUAAUAUAAACCAGAUGAAAGCAACUGCCACAAAAUACAUGGCCAUUGCUGAUGACAUAAAAAAAGCUAAUAUAAGCCAAAUGAAAGCAACAGCCACAAAAUACAUGGCAAUUGCUGAUGACUUAAAAAAGGCUAAUAUGGAUCAAAUGAAAGCGACCGCUGCAAAAUGUAUGACAAUUGCUGGUGACAUAAAAAAAGCUAAUAUAAACCAAAUGAAAGCAACAGCCACAAAAUACAUGACAAUUGCUGAUGACAUGACAAAAACUAAUAUAAACCAAAUGAAAGCAACAGCAACAAAAUACAUGGCAAUUGCUGAUGACUUAAAAAAAGCUAAUAUAAGUCAAAUGAAAGCAACUGCCACAAAAUACAUGGCAAUUGCUGAUGACAUGACAAAAACUAAUAUAAACCAAAUGAAAGUGACCGCUGCAAAAUGUAUGACAAUUGCAGGUGACAUAAAAAAAACUAAUGUAAACCAAAUGAAAGCGACCGCCACAAAAUACAUGACAAUUGCUGAAGAAUUAAAAAAAAAUAAUAUGGAUCAAAUGAAGGCGACCGCCACAAAAUACAUGGCAAUUGCGGGUGACAUAAAGAAAACUAAUAUGAGUAAGUUGAAAGGAAUCAACGUAAAAAAUCAACUAAAAGUUGAUAACAUAAAAACAAGUGAAUUAAAAGAAAUGAAUGUAAUUAAUGUAAACAAUAAAGAAAAUGAUGUCUACUUGAAAGAAAAUGAAAUGUGCGCAACAAAAGCAAAUGGAUCCAUAGGUCAUAUACCCCCAAAAAAAAAAAACAUUUGGGAAUGUAUUGAUUCCUAUUUUGAAAAAAAAUUGUUUCAAAAAUUUAAUGAAGUUGAUAACAUGCAAAGUUACAAGAAUACGGAUCGGAAAAAAUAUCGGAGAACAGAAUUUAAAAAUCUUAUAUACAUAUUUAGUUUACCUGUGGCUGUAUAUGCCUCAGGAUAUUUAUUUGUGUUUGGCUAUCCUAGUAGUCCGCAAUAUCUUAAUAGUAUAAUUGUCUCUUCUAUGUUAAGCAUAAUCAUGCUUGUAUAUAUCUGCAUAAAAAUUGCAAAACAUAAUAUGUUAGUAGAAGGGAAUUUUAAACCUAAUUUAAAGGAUUAUAUUAAGGCUUUUAAGGAGUCAUUUUAA